ACUAGCCAAUAUUGACAUUGGACGAAUUCCAUUCAAGUCUGUUGUGAGAUGGAGAUCUCAACACUAAUUUCGUUUUGGAAACUUGCUUGAAUACUGUUUACUCUUGUUCGAGAUGAAGAUUUGUUCGUUUAUACGUGAAGUUUCGGGGUUCCGUCAUGAAUGGAAAUUUUUCUGCUAGUCUGAAUAAUGUAGUGUCCAUUGACCUUGAAAAUUCUUGGGUUGCUAGAAGUUAUCAGGCUCGCUUUCAACAAAAGCAAAUGCAAGAACGAGAAGAAAAACUACUGAAGCUCUAUGAGAGUCAACAACAACGUGCCUUUGACAGGGUUGGAAGAGGAAGUGCUGGAAGUAACACAAGUAUAGGAUCAACGGGUGGAGGAAAGGUUAGGCAAAUGUUUGAGGAAAGAAGACAGAGAGCUGGUAUCGACAAAAGUUAUCCUCUUGAACCUUUAAAUGGUAAAUCAAUGGUAAAAAUCUCCAAUGGACAACAACCCGUCGUUAAAAAUUCUAGGAAAACCGUUCAAGCCACCGUUCAAAGAAGUGUCACCCACAUACGAAAUGGUAAACCUCUCAUCAACAAGCGUGAAACUAUUCAAAAAAUAUACGACAAUAACAAUGGAGUCGAAAAAUUCGAAACAAAUCAUUACAAUGAGAAUCUUCUGGAUGGCACAGAUAGUUUGGUAGAUUUGAUGAAUAGGAAUAAUAUUUAUGACAAUUUGGACGAUGAAGAAUCUCCUCCAUUGGAGACUGUUGAAGAUGAUCUUUCAUUCAUGGGAAAGCUGUCGAAUGUUGGUGGCGUUCCACCAAGCAAAAAUAGUAUAGCAGCUAUAGCCUCUACACCUCCAAAAAAAGUCAAGCAGAUAAUCACAGAAACAAGACGGAGUCCUCCAGCAAAAAUUGUAAGGAAAUCAGUCGUUAAGAGUGACACACCUAGUCGCAGAUCAAACCCUUCUAGUCAAACGCCAUCAAGAAGUGGCUCCAGUUCAAAUUCGUCACCAGUACAUAGCAUAACCAAGAUGGCAGCAACAGCAAAACCCAAUGUAUCCUCCCCCGUUCGAAGUCCAAGCAAUACUAGGCCGUCUUCCAAACAAGCUGCACCUAGAGCUGCAAUGAGCUCUGUCGUCAGAGAUGAUCUUCAAGAGUGCUCGUACUGUGGAAGAAGGUUCGCAACUGACAGAAUAAAUAAGCACGAAGAUGUAUGUGGAAAGACAGCCAAAAAGCAGAGGAAGGCUUAUGACGCCUUCAAACACAGGGUGCAGGGUACCGAAAUAGAACAAUUUGUUGUUGGUGGCAAGAAAAAAGGUGGUAAGGUUGUUCCGAAGAAAACACCAGCCGUACCUAUCGGACAAUCUAAGAAGAACUGGAGGAGAACGCAUGAAGAAUUCAUAGCAACAAUAAGAGCAGCAAAAGUAGCACAAGCACAUUUGGCUAGUGGCGGGAAAUUGUCCGAUCUUCCUCCACCGCCUCCCUCGUCUAAUCCUGACUACGUACAAUGUCCUAGCUGCGGGAGAAGAUUCAAUGAAGCUGCAGCCCAAAGACAUAUUCCCAAAUGUGCAACUUACGAAUUCAACAAACCUAAAGCGGGUGCAGCAAGAAAACGAUGAUUGUUGUACACGCGUUUGUUAUUUAUAUUGCUUUUUCCUAUUUUCUUGCCCAUAUAGAAUAAUAUAUUAUAUAUUUUUCAAAUGAAUCUAAUAUAUUUAAUGCUGAAAUUGUUAAGUGGGAAAGGUUAAAAAAAAAACUGAAAUAGCUAAUCUCAUUAAACAUUGAAGAAUA